CUCCACUCAUCACUAUACAAAUCCCACGAUACGACAACGACACCCUACCUACCUUUCCACGCACUCGGGCUCCAUCCAUGCAGACACCGCGCCUCCGUCGCCGAUCCACGACGCACGCUUCCAUCUCUACCACCACCGCCAUCAUCGCCAUCGCCGCCGCCGCCGCCGCCGACCCUCCUGCCGCACCGUUGGGCACAACACCGGACGGCACAAGUGUCGGCGUCGACAUUGGUUGCACACCCGCCUCACAAUAAUAGAAGAUGGUUUCGCACCCGUCCAAGCAGUCUGUACACCCACAAUCGCAUCUGUACGCAAAGAAGACGUCGUCGUCGUCCUCCUCGUCCUCCUCCGCUUCGGCCUCGGCGCCGUCCAAUGCCCGCGCCCCCAGCCGUGAUGGGAGGCCCAGUCGCGAGGGCUCCGCCCAACGCGCUGCUCAAAACAUUGCCGGCCUGCAGGACUACCAGCUGGGCGACUGUCUAGGCAAAGGUGCCUUUGGGAGCGUCUACCGCGCUCUGAACUGGGGCACCGGCGAAACGGUGGCUGUCAAGCAGGUGCGCCUGGAGAAUCUGGGUGUCGCCGACCUCAAGACCAUCAUGCUGGAAAUCGACCUCCUCAAAAACCUGAGUCACGAGAACAUUGUGCGCUACAAUGGCUUCGUCAAAAGUCCCGAGAGCUUGUACAUCAUCCUCGAGUAUUGCGAAAACGGCUCUCUGCACUCCAUCUGCAAGAACUUUGGCAAGUUCCCCGAGAACCUGGUCGCCUUAUACAUGUCUCAAGUACUCAAUGGCCUGCUGUACUUGCACGAACAAGGUGUCAUUCACCGCGAUAUCAAGGGUGCCAACAUUUUGACCACAAAGGAGGGUUUGGUCAAGUUGGCCGAUUUCGGUGUAGCCACCAGGCAGUCUGGCCUGGAUCAGUCGAGCGUCGUCGGUACACCCUACUGGAUGGCUCCGGAGGUCAUUGAACUAUCUGGCGCGACAACCGCUUCCGAUAUCUGGAGCGUGGGUUGCACCGUUAUUGAGCUCAUCGAGGGCAGACCGCCAUAUCACAAGCUCCAGCCCAUGCAAGCACUGUUCCGCAUCGUCAACGACGAUCACCCGCCCAUCCCUGGCAGUGCUUCCAAAUAUCUCGACGAUUUCCUGAUGGAGUGUUUUCAGAAGAAUCCAAACUUGCGCAUUGACGCGAGGCGCCUGCUUAAGCAUCCGUGGAUUCUGAGCGCUAAACGCCAAGUCUUUACCGUUCCGACCAACAAGGAAGCCAUAAAAUCAGUGCAGCACUGGAACGAGGUCCUCAAGUCCCCGCAGUCCCUCAAGCGGGGCUCCCGUCUGGCUUCAGGAUCGUAUGCCGAAAGCCCAAAGUCUGCUUCGCCUGCUGGUCUUUCGUCGCGCAAGCCGGCGCCAGUUCAGAAUCUUCAAAUUCCCAGACACCGCCCGACUGCAGACUCGUUCCGAUCGCCCGACAUGGACAGAGAUGACAAUUGGGAUGACGAUUUUGCCGAAAGCAUUUCCCCAGGAGCGUUCCACCAACCCCACCUUAAACCUCAAGACAAUUUCGCUGGCCUUUUCUCGAGCGAUCGGCUCAAGGCCUACGCCAGUUUCGAUUCUGUUGCUGAGGAGCCUUCCAACAUGGACAAUGAAGCCACGGUGAAGAGCCCGCUCAACUUGCAACACCUGCGCGGCAUGAAUAACUUGUUCGCCACCAAUAACUCAUCAAAGUCAUCUUCAUCAAGAACACGAGUCGCCGAUUCACGCUCUACAUCUUCAUCUACUGUUAUAGAUGACCACAAUCAAGCUCAGCCCAGAACGGCGUUUCUUCGUGGCAUGCCCAAAUCUUCACACGGCAAGACUCAACCCUCUGCGCUCAAACAGCGCCCAUCGCAGAAAUUCAGAGAGAACACAGUGGAGGACUACUCGGAUUUGACCCCUGCCGAUGAAGAUGCCUUCAGACUCAAACUGAGGGCUAUGCAGGGCGCUCAUCCGUCGUCAGUCCUACAUGAAUCUUCCAACGGCGCGAUGACAAGCUCACCUGCAGAGCUUUACUCACCCCAGCUUUUCCAUCCCAGCGAUUUGAAGAUGGCUCCCAAAUCAACCCGAAGCAAAAACAGUGGCAGUGCGAGACAACGGACGGCGUCAUCGACGUCGAAACGCAAAAUGCAGCGGUCCCAGUCCGAAAUUGAGAUGCAAAAGUAUGCCGAGGAUGAUCGUGAUGACUUCUCAGAUGUUUUUGGCGACAUAAGAGCAAGCAAAGCAGAGAGUGACAGCGGUUCGGAGCAUAGCAGCAUGGCUAUGAUCACAUCGAAAAUGUCUUCUUCAUUUAUGAUUGCUGAGGAUGACGAUCUCGAUCCCUUUGCCAACAUGGAUGAAGGGUUGGAGAACAUCAACCUCGAAAACAAUGUUGCGCGCGACCGUGACGACCGAUUGGUGAAGCAGACUGAGAGCCUAGUCGGGUGUUUGAAAAUGUCUCAACCUGACGAAUUACUGUUCGAUUACGCCGACCAGCUCCUACAAGUGCUGUACGAAUCCCCAGACAAACGCUCGAUAGUGUUGCGUUCCCAUGGAAUGCUGCCUAUAUUGGAGAUCCUGGGCGCUAAGCCCCCGAACGAAGUCGUCCUGCCACUACUCAAAAUCAUCAAUCUGAUUAUCCACGAAGAUGGCGACACUCAAGAGUCAUUGGCAUUCUUGGGCGGCACCCCCAUCAUCUGCGACUAUGCAUCCAAGAAGUACCCCAGCGACAUAAGAAAAGAAGCUGCCGCCUUUGUCCGACAAAUGUAUACCACAAGCGCUCUGACGUUGCAAAUGUUCAUCGGCUGUGGUGGCAUCAAUCAUUUGGUAGAGUUUCUGGAAGAGGAUAUUGACACAGAGCGCGACCUAGUGUUGAUAGGCGUGAAUGGAGUGUGGAGUGUUUUCAAUCUACAAGGUUCCACUCCCAAGAACGAUUUCUGUCGAAUAUUCUCACGCAGCUCUGUUCUGUAUCCACUUUCCUUGGUGUUGAAUCGAGUCGUUGGCGAAAAGGAUGAGCUGGCGCAACUGGUCCAGGGCCGCAUUGUCAGCAUAUUUCUCAUCUUUUCGCAAGCGGAGAGUUACGUGAAGGAACUGGUGGCAGAUCGCAUGAUCUUGAAGCGUGUGCUAAAGGACUUGCCAAAGAUGUCGUCGCUUCACCAAGUCACAAUGCUCAAAUUCAUCAAGAAUCUCUCUAUGCUGUCUUCCACUCACGAAGCUCUCCAAAAUUCCAACGCAAUUGACAUCUUGAUUGACCUCCUCAAAGAUACCCGCCACCAAAAGAACUCGCGGGAGAUCUCAAACCAGGUUCUGAAUACCAUGUACAACCUCUGCCGACACAACAAGAGUCGACAGGAGGAAGCUGCUCUCUCGGAUGUCAUACCCCUGCUGAAGGAAGUUGUUACUGGGGGCGGACCUUUGAAAGAGUUUGCAUUGCCUAUACUUUGUGAGCUUGCACAUAGCGGCAAAGUGGCAAGGAAGAUGCUAUGGCAAGCACAUGGCUUGCAAUUUUACAUUUCCAUGCUCGCAGAUCGAAACUGGCAGGUCACUGCUUUGGAUGCAAUUUUCGUGUGGCUCCAAGAAGAGACUGCACGCGUGGAACAAUGCCUUCUUUCGUCAAAUUUCAGUACGGCAAUCAUCUCAUCAUACACCUCGCCUGAGAUGUCGCAAUCCAGCUUCGAGAGUAUGCUUGAUCCUCUUCAGAAGCUGGUUCGACUUUCUCCUCCCAUUGCAGCCUCACUUGCGGUGCCUGAAUUAUUCACUCGUACCGUGCAAAAGUUGGGACACAAGGACGCCGUAACGCGGGUCAACCUCCUCCGUAUUUUGCGCACUAUUUGCGACGCCAUCGAGGACGAUUGCACAUUGAUCAAACAGUUUCGCGUUUACGAACCGAUUCUGGAUCUAUCGCGACAUGACCCAGCUGUUCUAGUCCGGCAGAUGGCCGAGGAUAUGGUGCGUUCCUGCGAUGAUAUAGGCAAGCGCAGUACGUCCCGCGCGGCGGGCUUCCGCCGGCCUGCAUCUAGCGCUGGUACACGAGCUGGCUCUGGUUCAAGUAAUGGUUCGACCCUCGUGACAGGCAUGACACCGCCUACGCCAACCAGCCUCAAAAGCACAUUCGCACUACCAUCCAUGCCUCCUACCCCUAGUCUUGUUGUAAGCAAUGGUCGUGAACGGAUUGGAAGAAGUCAUUCUACGGCUGGAAUAUGGGACCUUGAAGAGGAACCAUCUCCUCGCAAUGGUGGCAUGAAGCCUCCUGCGCUUGUGCGUUCAUCGACUGCUGUUCCUGCGUUGGCAGUACCUCCGUUGCCAUCAUCGCCAUCCGUUCCACUCACCUCACGCACUUCAAGCCGUCCGUCAACCCGCGACUCAUCAUCUUCUUCCUCAUCAUCUUUCGCCCGUCUUGAAGCUAGCAAAGACCCAACCGGUCGUUCUUCUCGUUUACCAAAGGCCCGACAAGGGCGACUUAGCGAGGCUGUGAGUCGGCGUCGCCAGUCACAGGUCAGCAAUCCAGGCACUGGCGAAGAGAAUAGUAGACCUGGCACUGCUGGAGCGGGCACUUCUAGCUCAAACAGCACGCCGCUUCCACGUUUGCAGAUUGUGAGACGCAGACGCGAAACCAGUGGUGGUGAGAUGUCAUCCGGGGGUGUUGUCCCGGUCACGACUGCGGUCGGUACUCCCGGGCCUACGAGGAGAAAAAACACGGGAGAUUAG